AUGAAUCACAGCACCAAGAAUUGCCGUGCUCAUCUCAAAUGCACCUUUUGUGGCUGGAAAGGUCACUCAUUCGAUUACUAUUGCAAGAGAGCGACAACAUUAGAGGCUAAGCAAGGUAGUCUCUCAAAGGGCAACCAGGAGGCAAUGUCCAAUCACGAAGAACUUUCCCUUUUUCAUAGGGGACAAUGUCCAAUUUCCCUUUUUCAUAUGCAUCUAACACAAAGGGGACAAUGUCCAAUCACGAAGAACUUUCAGGACCUGCGCUCAGGGAAGAUGAUUGGGACGGGAUUUGAGCAGGAGGGACUUUACUAUCUCGAUCAAGCAAAGAAAGGAACAUGCAACUCCGUUCAAACUCUAGCCUCUGGUCUUUGGCAUCAAUGCCUCGGAAAUCCUUCAAAGAAAGUUUUUCAAUUAUUUCCCUUUUCCAAAAAUAAAUCUUGUGAUACAGACAAGUGCCUAAUUUGCCCAUUGGCCAAACAAACAAGGUCACCGUUUCCAUUAAGUUCCAUUUCCAGUAAAGUAUGUUUUGAUUUGAUACAUGUUGACAUUUGGGGUGGUUAUAAAAUUGCUUCUCUUUCUGGUGCAAAAUAUUUUCUCACUAUCGUAGAUGAUUUUACUCGGAGUACAUGGGUUUAUUUGAUGAAACAUAAAUCUGAUACAAGGGAUCUUCUAGUUAAAUUCAUUCACAUGGUUGAGGCUCAAUUCAAUUCUAAGGUCAAAAUAGUGCGUAGUGACAAUGGUCUUGAGUUCAAACUUGAAAAUUUUUAUGCCCUUAAAGGCAUUGUUCAUCAAUCUAGUCGCAUCAACACACCACAACAAAAUGGUGUUGCUGAGCACAAACAUAGGCAUUUGCUCAAUGUGGCACGAGCCUUGCUUAUUCAAGCUGGGCUUCUUAGACAGUUUUAG